CUAUACCUGUUUUGGCUGUUUGUUGUCAUUUCAAAAUUAUCAACUGUUUAAACUAAAAAAAUAAAAGAGUUGGUGGCUGUUUAAAUGGAAAUGUAUAUUUAGUGUAUUUAAAAUCGUCUUUUCCUUGGAUUUAAAAAGUUAGUGAGGAUUUUUCUAAAACUUGAGUGUAAAUUUCUUUUUUGAAAAUGUAUUUAAAAAAUUAGUGGGGAAAAUGUCAAUUUUUCAUUUUGGUUGAUAAGAUUUUCUCAAUUUCGAUGUCAACAAGUUUGAUCCAAUUGAAUAAUUCAACAUAAGUCUCAAGGAAUAAAGUGACGAUGUCGUCGAUAGAAAUUCAGUCUUUACAAAACGCAUGUUUCUCUGGUGAUGAGUCGGCAGUAAGAAAUAUUCUUUCUCAAAACAAUUUUAAUGAUUACCUCGCAUCAUCUUCUGGUUAUUCACUACUUUGUAGUAUGCUUGAAAAUUCUUUUUAUUUACCACAACGUCGUAACGAAUUACAAGUAGAUUACGAAGUGUACGAACUACUUUCAAUGCUUAAAAAUUCUAUGUAUUCAUCACAACGUCGUGACGAAUUAGAAGCAGAGGACGCAAUGCACAAACAGCAUUUAGCCAAGUUUCUCGAAAUUUCAAAACUUCUUUUGCAACAUCCUGUGAAAGUAAAUGACGAAAUUGAAGAUCACGAUCAGACUCCACUUCAUUUUGCGGCACAUAUUGGAAGUGUGGAAAUCAUAAAAAUUUUACUGGAAAAAGGAGCUAUUGUUAAUGCAACUAAUAAAGAGUUGAACACACCUCUACAUAUUGCUGUUUCAAAAAUAAAUAAUCUUACUGAAAGUAUUAUUCAACUUUUACUUGAAAAUGGAGCUGAUUUGAAAAUUUUUAAUAAGUAUAAUAGAACUCCUCAUGAUAUGACUUAUAAUACAAGAAUUAAGCGUAUUUUAUCACAGCAUGAAAUAAAAAUGCUUCUUGAUAGUGGUGGGGAUAUGGAGGAAAGAGAUCUUGCUGGUUUUACAGCGUUACAUAGAGCAGUGGAAAGUGAGGAUUAUCAUCUUGUUGAAUUUCUAAUAUCCAAAGGAUCUGACGUGAAUGCUAAGACAGAGUUUGAUGAAACACCUCUACAUCUUGCUUGCCCAAUACAUCAUAAAGAAAUUUCGCUUCUUCUUUUACGAGCAGGUGCAAACGUUAACGCUACCACUCGUGAAGAUAACACUCCUCUGCAUUUGGCAGCCAAACAUUCAUGCAAUGAUGACGAUGGUGACUUUCUAAAGAUGCUCUUAAGUAACGGUGCUAAUUUAAAAGCUGAAAAUAUUUAUGGCCUGAUUCCUUUAAAUUACGCCGUUGAAAAUAAAUCUUUCAGAGAAACUACAAUUCUUCUGGGUGAAAAACCAAAUAUUUGCGAUUUUCCUCUAAAACUGGCUUUCUGCCUUUCCUUUUUGGGUUUCUUUUCUUACACAGUGCCUAAUCUUGAAAUUUUUAUAUGUGGUAGAGAUAAACAAGAAUACCAGUUAAUCACUGAAUUAUUUUAUAAUCUUGGUUUCAGGAUUAAUAUCGAAGACAUAGAAAAUUUAUCAAUUCCAGAGGAAUUGACCACUCUAGAUCAUUCAACGCUGAUAGAACAUAGAAACAUUGUGCAAAGUCUUUUAAAUAAAGAAGAAACAUCCUGUGACGAUAAAAUGAGGCAAGAAUUUCUUGAAUAUCAUGUAUUAAUAGGUGCCAUUAAAUACGGAUUUACUGAUAUUUUUUACAAUUUCUUACCAAAUGAUUGUAACAUUAAUACUUGUUUGAUUGAUGGUUCUACAUUACUGCAUCAUGCCUGUGUAAAUGAAUGCUCAACUAUUGUUAACGAACUUUUGGCACGUGGUGCAAAUGUGAAUGUAAAUGGAGGCAAAAAUAAACUUUCACCUCUUCAUGUAUCAGUGAAAUAUAAUUUCUUAGAAAUUACUAGAAUUUUAUUAACUAAAAACGCCAAUAUCAAUUCUUGCAAUAGCGAAAAUGAAACCCCACUUUGGAUCGCAGUUUAUAUGGAUAGUUUCGAAUGCGUUCAAUUACUUCUAGAAGCUGGCGCUAACGUCAAUUGUAUUACUUCCAACAAUCACACUCCACUUCACUGUGCUAGCGCCUUGAAUAGAAACAUAAAUAUUACAAAACUGCUUUUGCACUAUGGUGCCACUUUCUGUUCAGAAGAAACGGAACCAAUAUUUGAAUCUUCAAGAUAUCCAUCUAAAUCCGAUGAAAUAAUUCAUCUGACAUCUGAUCACAGCGUAAAUUUAAAAGUCUUGGAUCACAAUUAUCCUAAAUGCCCUAACGAACUCGAAGAAAUGAAAAAUACAAAAAUUAGUGAAACUGAUGUGACAAUGUACGAUCUCCUGACUAUGUCACAUAGACGACUUUCAAUUUUAAUCCGAAAUGAAAAUUUUCUCGACUUUAUAAAUUCAUUUGAUUUUAAAACUUCAUUUCCGAAUUUCGCCCGUCGAUUUAAAGUGCGUGUAAAUAAAGCAAAACUUGAGAAGCGAUUAAUAGAAUUAAGUUACGACUGUUUUCGAACUAUAGUAAAAUUUCAAUUACCCAUUCUCGUUUUAAAUGAAAUUAUAUCGUACAUUGACACUGCAGAUUUGCAUCGAUUUGUAAUCGCUUCACCAAUUAAAUCAGAAACGAAAAAAACUGUGCAAUUCCAUUGUUCCGAAUAGACUAAAAGUUUAGUUCCCAUUUCUAAUUUUUAAAUCAAGAACAAUGCAUUUAUUUCGAACAGUUGAUGUAAUUUAUAAAAUCAAUAAUUCAGUUUAUAUACUGAAAUUUUUAAUUUAUGACAAUAUAGAUUGUAACAAACAUUAAAAUACAUAAAUAUUUUAAGGAGGUUCUAUUGCUUGACUUAAAUAAUCAAAACAGAAACCAUUAUUUUGUGAUUUGACUUGUUUGAUACUUUGAAACGUCUGGCAACACCGAAUUUCUUUAGUCUUGUUGUAAAAGGUUGGUACGACUUGUUUACAUUCAGUUUUGAGUAGCAAAUUCUGUGCAAUGUAUGUACCUAAUGACAUUUUUUUAAUAGAUAUUUAAUCAUUAGAUAUCUGUUUCGUAUUAAUAAAUGUUUCAUGAAUUUCAUAAUGUUAAAUACUUCGUAGUGAGUAAAUAUAUAUGAAAAAGUACUCAAUUUUCAUAAGACUCAAUGUAAAAAGUUAAAAAACCAAACGCUUAUAACUUUUUU